AGCAGGUGAAGGAGUACAGGAAAUGCGAUGACAACAUUUUUACAAGUUCAACAUCUUCCUGUUCUAAGGAUGACGAACAAGAAGAUGUUUUUCGAACCAGUCGAUGCGCUUUUCGUACUGUUGCGCUUAGCAGGCAUCAAGUGCUGGCAGAGACGGUGUGGAAGAGGAUGGCGAAGGGAGGACAGGAUGUGAAGAAACGAACAACUACGGUAGAGUCGGAUGUUGUAGAUGAAGUGAAGCUAGCUGCAGAGGAUGUCGAAGCGGCUUUCAACAAAAACAGGCCUCCUUCUACUUCUGAACAAGCUGCGCCUAGUACUGCUGCUAGAACAAACAAAGAAGCUCCACUCUUCUGCUAUCCCGACACGAAAAGGCAAUUCAGUUUUAGGGAACAGAGGCUAGCGGAGGCAGAGUCACAAAAGCACAUUAGCAGAACGGACAAAGCAGAUGGAUCUUGCCCAUUGCCUUUGUCGGUCCGCGAGUUUUCUUGUGGCGUUGCCAGGUUCGUGGCGGAAGGAGACGAGCGCAAAGCCACACUCGCCAGAUUAGAGGACUUCAGAAAAAAAGCGAUGAAAAUGGUUGUGACGGGAGAUCAGGAGCCAGGAGAUGACGAUCAUCGUGCUGAUCAUGAAGAUAAAACUCACGAUCAACGUGCUGAUCAUGUUGAAGAUAUGGAGGGCACAUCACCAAACGAGCAUGAGGUGGUCUUCACAUCUUUCCUCAAAAAAGCGCGAACGCAACUGAAUCGAGAGACACUUUUGACUGCGGCUUUGCUUCGUUUGUGCAGAGAGGGAAAGGAGGUGGAGCAAACCGCAUCCUUGGAAAUGGAAACGAUGAAGAAUUAUGAAGAGGAGAAAGACCAUGGGCAUGGGCCAACUAAAGAUCAUGGGCAUCAGCCAGCUGGUACUCGAACUGGUGACAACAAGUCAGCAUCCAUCGUCAGCACGACAUCAAAAACCGGUACUGGUACUAAAGGAGAAAAAAAUAGCAAGCAUCAUCAAGUACCAGAUUGGGCAGCUAACUCACGUGUAUUCCGAAACGAGCAUCCGCUUUUCGCCGAACCCAGUAGUGACCCAUGGUGUCAUCCCACUGAGAAGAUACGGCAUAUUGUGCGCUUUUCAGCUGUUUCUGAUCUACUUCAGGAAUUCGAUUUUUUGAUGGUUAUUCUUGGAGACGAUCACGAUGACGAUAAAGAAAAUAUUUCUUGCUUUAUAAAGCACGAUCUCAACGGUAAUGAGACACCAGGUCCGACGAGUGCCGCUCUUGUAGAUCAGCCAGCGCUUUUAGAUGGAGACCACAAAAGAAAACGCCGCCUCGACCAAGAAAAAUGCCGCCUACAACUUCUAUCGGAUUGCAUGUUGCGAGCUGCAGACCUGUGCGAAACUGAGUCUAAAGAUGUGACACUGAAAAAUCGCGCAGUCCUAGCAGACCUGGAAGAAGAGCAUUUGCUGCUUUUCGAUGAACGCUAUGCUACAAGACCGAAACGGCGAAAUAAUAGAAGAGAUCACGGGUUUGGAGAAGAGGCUGAUAUCAGAGGAGGUGCUUCUUUUAGUGCUGGUGCUGGUGAGCAGAGUCUCGGGAACAUGUUGAGGACAGGAGCUCAAAAAUCUUGUUUAGGUGAUGAACAACAUAUUACCAGUGGAGGCAGAAGUACUUCUAGCACUUUCAUUACUAGAGGAAUGGUGAAACGACGUCAGCAGGAAAACCUUCUGACUGUCGAGGAAAAGACGAAGCUUAAUGCUAAAUCUCGCGGUCUCCUACGUAGGUUAAACCCUCAUAGAAUGUUUACUGACGGAAUCAUGGUCAAAUACAGCGACGUCAAGCUAGCGAAACGAGCGGCAACAGAAUUGCAGGAGCUUGAGACACCUCAUUGGCGGUUUGCGACAGGAAUGAACUACGAAGACCAACUUGUUGAUCUUUCGAGGAGCAGGAAGUCGUGGAGGACGAAGAGAAGUAGAAAAAAGGAGGAAGACGACAAGUACAAGGUCAACUUCUCUGGUGGGAAACAAGCUCUAGGUCCGUUGACAACUUUUUUGCAGAAACGCUCUGAGAAGAUGCCAGCUGCUUUGCGAUUCCAAGAAAACGAGGAGAACGGUGGGUCCUUUCCGUCAAAACCAUCUGAUUGGUACAGUGAGAGUGAAGAUGGGGAUCAUCGUGAAGUUGACGGUACUUCUAGCAUGUCUUCGUCAGAAGAUGAUGAAGAACAAGAAGAUAGUUGUGUAGGAGAACAACGAGCACGAAGUAGAGAUGAAAAGCUACUUCCAGCAGACGACGACCACGAUGAGAGUCAUCGUGAUCUCCCUGCAGCUAAGAGGCAGAAGCAAAACCUCCAAGUGGAACAACAAGUUGUAGAGAAGUUAGACGAGAGCAGUAGCUUAGUACAACUUCCAGAGACUAGGCGAGUCUCAGACGCUAUUUCUCUACUAAGCAGCCAAGCAUCAUCGGAUCAUUACCCAUCUCCUUUACCUAGACCUCGAGACGCUACAACUAGAGAACAAAGUGUGCCGUCUUCUAGUAUGCCAAGAGCGGGGCCACCUACAACUACGCAUAGUACUAUGCCAAGAGGGUCUACUAGUAUGCCACGGGGCCCGAGUCUCCAGCGCGGUUCUAGCGUUCCAAGAGCAAAAGGAAUGGGUAAAAAAGGCGGAAAGGCCCUACCACCAGGUGCGAGACCUAGGGGGUUCUAAUUGUAAUGUUCAUGAUUGUUUUCUACUUUUAAAAAACUUUCCACAACACUAACUACUUUGAGCUGUUGCAAAGCGUACAGCAACGGCAAGGACUAUGUGGCGUUAUACAUAGUAAUGAUUUUUAUGAUCGAUCCCCAUUUUCUUUUUCCAACAUUUUUUCCCCCCACCACGCACUCUUUUACGUUGAUGAACAAAAGGGUUCUACACCCACUCGCGAAGAAAGUUUGGUAGUUGGUGGUUGUAUCAUUGACUUUGACACUACCAAAAGGGUUCUACAACUACAUUUUUGCUAC